AUUCGUUAACAAGACGUUAUGUGUAUAGGUGGUGGUACAGAAUAGAAGAUAGCCAGGAUCCGUGCAAUGAAGAUGCUCUGUUACGUUUAGGAAAGCGAGCAAAUUGAUCAGUUUAUUGGUGUCGUAAAACUAUUUCAAAAGACAUACAAAAUGACUGAAGAAGACUCGGUAUUCGAUCCUACCUUGAAGAAGAAGAAAAAGAAGAAGAAAACUACUUUUGAUCUUGAUGCCGCAUUUAAUGAAGUUGGCAGUACUGGGGAUUCAAUGGAGAUCACCGGUGAUAAGGAAAAUCAAGAGCCUGAACCUCUUGCACUUGCAGAGGACGAUGACACAUUGGAUUUAGAAAAUUUUGGUAGAAAGAAGAAGAAGAAGAAAAAAGCAUUUAACUUAGAUGAACUGGAUGCAGCUUUGCCAGAUACAAAGAAAGAGGAUGUUGUUGAACAACAAACUGAAGAAGUUGCAGUGGAUGACACAUUUGAUUUGGACAUGGAUUUCUCAAAAACUAAAAAGAAGAAAAAGAAAAAGAAAGAUCUUGAUGAGCUGGUAGCAGAGGAAGAGCGUAAAGAAACAGAAGAUAAAGAGAAUGGCUGCAUUGAAUCUGAGCGAAAUGCAGAGUACGAGGAAACAAGUUUAUGGUUUGGUUCGGACAGAGAUUACACAUAUGAUGAAUUAUUGGUAAGAGUGUUCAACAUUAUGAGGGAAAAGAACCCUGAUAUGGUAGCUGGGAAAAAACAAAAGUUUGUUAUGCGUCCUCCGCAAGUAGUACGUAUAGGCACCAAGAAGACAUCAUUUGCUAAUUUCACUGAAAUUUGUAAAACACUUCAUAGGCAACCGAAACAUUUACUUGACUUUUUACUUGCUGAGUUAGGAACUAGUGGUUCUGUUGAUGGAAAUAGUCAACUUAUUAUUAAGGGUCGUUUCCAACAGAAACAAAUAGAAAAUGUUCUUAGGAGAUAUAUUAAGGAAUAUGUUACCUGUCACACAUGCCGCUCGCCAGACACCAUCCUUCAAAAGGACACUCGACUAUUUUUCUUACAGUGUGAAACCUGUGGCUCAAGAUGUUCAGUAGCUAGCAUAAAAUCUGGCUUCCAGGCCGUUACAGGAAAACGUGCUGCUAUUCGAGCAAAAACUGCCUAAGAAAAUGUUCAUAUGUCCCAUCUAUCGAUUUUGUAGCAUAAUUUUCAAAUUGUCAGAGAUUUUUUGUGUUAGAAUACAGUUUUUACUAUACCUAUUGUAACGGCGUGCAAUCUAAACACCUGUUUUUACUCGCAUGAAUUGAAUAUCGUCAGUUCUAAGAGAAAGUAAUUGUCAAAUUUGCAACCUAUGUUUUUUAUCACCAAUCUAUACAGUCAAACACAGAAA